CGCAACAUGAAGUUCACAACCCCCAUGUUUUUGCUCGCGGUCUGCAUUGCACUUGUGCCUCUCGUCGCUGCAUCCAGUAACGGGAUGGACAUGUCGAUGGACUCGUCUAUGAAUCUCGCCCAGGGGGAGAUGUUACCGUAUCUGCACUUCACGCCUGGAGACACGCUGUGGUUCUUGGGAUGGGUACCGUCGAGCUCGGGCGCAAUGGUGGGGGCUUGCAUCGGCCUAUUUUUACUGGCAAUGAUUGAGAGGUGGAUUGCUGCUGGCCGAGCCGUGAUGGAGCUGCAUUGGCGCAGGAGUGCGCGCGUCGCUAUGCAAGAAAAGAACGCAGCCGGCCUCCCGGUCGCGUACAGUUCAUCCGACUCAAAGUCGCCAUCAACAGCGGUCUCCAUCGCGUCGCUCCCUGAUCGUACUACUCUGCGCACAUUCCCGCCCUUCAUGUUUGCACACGAUUUGCCCCGAGGCGUGGUCUACAUGGCGCAGUCGUUGCUGAACUUCUCUUUCAUGCUUGCGGUCAUGACGUUUCAGCUUGGCUUCAUCUUCGCGCUUAUCGUUGGGCUUGGCGUUGGAGAAAUGCUCUUUGGGCGGUACACGAGCCACUCGGCGCUGCAUUUGGUCUAGGCGGCGGUGGGCUGGCAGUGGAUAACGGAAUGCUUCAUGUAGUUGGACUGAUGUACGACAUACUGAUGAGACGUUCCUUGCACGGAUUGAGAACUUGUCAGGCGGUCGU